AGUGACUUUGUUGAUAUUUGUGCUUUUAAUAUUGCAGGAGAAUUGCACUAAAAAGAUUUAGUCGAGUUUGUUUACUGAUUCGUUCCCUUAAAAGCUUUGUUAAAAACACCGAUUCGUUCACGAAAGAAACCUCACUACACUAAUAGUCAUGUGUGGCUUAAAGUAAACAGUGCAAUGAUACUUAUCAAAGUCCAACUCUAGAUUUACUGGACGACUGCGGAAAAUGUUGGUACAUCAAGGUGUUGAGCUGGAAACGCCUCCCUCAGGACUGGAGAGAGAGUUUCAUACUCUUUUUAAUUCUGAUGCUCUGCAAUUUCUGUCUGAACUCACCUCUACCUUCCAAGCAGAGGUUGACAAGGUUUUGAAUUUACGAGUCCUCCGGAAAGUUCAGUUGGAUCUGACUGGAGAGUUGCCAGGCUUUCUAAAGGACACAGCUCACAUCCGAAAUGAUCCCAGCUGGAGAGUGAGUCCAGUUCCAGACCGAUUACACUGCAGACAUGUGGACGUUGGUGACCUUUCACCCUGUGAUACACAACGACUUAUAAUAGGACUCAAAUCUACUGCCCAAGGGUUACAGAUUGAUUUUGAUGACGGCAACUGCCCAACAUAUCGCAAUCAAAUAAAGGGCAUUUACAAUGUUUAUCAGGCUGUGCACAACCAGUUUCAGGAUGUACCACCCAUUUCUCAGGCUCCAGUGCUGAUGCUCCGCCCUCGAGCAUGGAACAUGGUGGAGCACAAUAUCAUGGUGAAUGGUCGAGAGGUUCCAGGUCCAUUGUUUGAUUUUGGUCUGCUGAUGUUUCAUAAUGCAAAACUACUUCUUCAAAACCAGAGUGGCCCUUUUUUCUACUUGUCCAAGGUUGAAAGCUACAUGGAGGCCAGACUCUGGAGUCAGAUUUUUUUCUGGACUGAGAAGAAGCUUGGCCUGCCAGCGGGCUGUAUAAAGGCCACCGUGUUGAUCGAGUGUGUCCUGGCAUCGUUCGAGAUGGAGGAGAUUUUGUACGAGCUCAAGGAGCACUCUGCUGGUCUAAACUGUGGCAUCUGGGAUUACUCAGCUUCCUUUGUCAACAAAUUCGGUCAUCGGGCUGAUUUCCUCCUCCCUGAUCGCAGUAAGUAUGUGGAUAUGGAGAAGCGUUUCCUGCACAGCUACAUGGAUCUUCUAGUGCAGACGUGUCACCGCAGGGGUGCCCUAGCAACAGGAGGCAUGGCAGCAUUGCUGUUGCCUAGAGACAAAGAGAGUGACCUCUACAAGACUGUACUCAGAACUGUCACCAGACUUAAAUUACUGGAGAUCAAGGCAGGAGUUGAUGGCUUCAUGGUCUACGACAUGGACCUGAUUGAGCCCAUGCAAAAACUGUUUCAGCUUCACUCUCAUGGUCAGAAUCAACUCCUGCAGCUGCGUGAAGACAUCACUGUGACCCCUGAAGACUUGCUCACUAUGCCUGCGGGAGGAGUAACACUGUACGGACUGAGGUAUAACAUUGCUGUAGGAGUCCUCUUCAUUGAAGCCUGGCUUUCAGGCAGAGGUCAUUUUUUCUAUCUGGGGAAGGUUGAGGAUUCAGCAACAGCAGAGAUAUCCAGAUCUCAGGUUUGGCAGUGGAUCCGGCACCAAGUGAGACUGGAGGAUGAUGGGACAGUGGUGACCCGAGCUCUUGUCAGCAGUUUGGCUGAAGGAUUGAUGGAAGAUCUGAAGGCAGCCAUACAUUGCCAAACAAGCAGGGACAAACAGAGGUUGAUGACUGCGGUGUCCAUGUUUAUAGAAAUAGUGCAGAAGAAUGUUUUCCCAGAGUUCCUCACCACAUACCUUAACCUGGACCACACUUUCCUCAGCUCUCAGAGCCAACAUGAGAACGGACAGACAGACAUGGUGCCCAAAGCCAGACUCUAACGAGCCUAAAUUACUUCUACAUCACAAGCAUAAUAAUACAACCAUGAACGCUUGUUGUCUUAACAUUUGUGAACUCUCAAACUCUCUAUACCUAAGUUUUAGACAAAUAAUUAUGAAGAUGGUUUAUAACAGUCUAAAAAAGGACAGGAAAUGUACUUCAGUUUACCUAUAGCACAGUGGUUCUCAACCAGGAGACCUCAAGAUGACUUAAAAGCCAAAAUAUACCAAUAAGCCAAAACAACUUUAAAUCAAUCAAUCAAGAUGACUUUUAUUUUAGCCUCUCAACAACUAUUUGAAAAAAAAAGGAAACAAUUUAUAUAUAUAUAUAUAUAUAUAUAUAUAUGUGUGUGUAUUAGACCUGGAAAAAUAAUGGAUAUCAAUACAUUUGUAAAACUACUAUAAUGAAUAUAAAUUUUUUAUAGCUAUUCCAAGUUUAAAAUAUUUACAGGGUAGAAAUUCUGAGUAACAGAAUUCGUAUCCUUAAUUUAUAUCCAGUAAAUCACAAACAAACAAUGAAAAAUCUAUGAAUAUUGUUGUGGACAAUGAGGGGGGGGGCAUGGAUUAAAAUGUUGAGAACCACUACUAUUCCACAGGAAUCAAGGCUGUAAUUCAUUUGAAUAUAUUUUAAAGUCAUCUUAUUGGCAAACAACCAAUAAAAGUAAAGCCCAAAUGAGUAAAGUAAAAAUAAAUACUUAUAGGUACAAAUUCCAGCUCUUUUCACCAGCAAGUAUGUUUGGUUUAACUUUAGCAACCCCUGCAAAUUCUUGCGUUCUGUAUUUAAGAGAUGAAACUCGCAUCUUACAGUGUACAACCAAAUGAGCAAAU